AUGGUCGGCGAAGAACUUCGACCUCGAGAUCUGCAUGCAUCCUUGCAGAGGCAAGGUAGCGGGCCCAUUGGCGAAAGGCGGCGUCGGGGGUCGGGCGAUUUUCAAGCUAGGUGCGCCGUGGAGAGGUUGGAGAGGGGUCUGCUCGCGGGGCAACGGGAAGGAAGGUUCUUGGCGACGGAGCAAUUUAGGGUGUCGAUGCUGGUGGCGGCGGUCAUGUGCCAAUGCAGAUCGAGUAGUCAUGUCAGUCGCCAUUGUCCCCCUCGUCGCCAGAUACGGGUGGUCAAGUUCGUUUUUCUCAUUGUCCAUUUCCUUUACUACAGGUCGAACCCCAAACAGUUCAUCACACACAGCGGAAACUCACGCUUGGCGCUCUCUCUCACACACAGGCGCACGCACAUUUCUUCAUUCCGUCUGCAUUUUUCCAUCGCGAUUCAUCUUCUUAAGCGGCGUCUGCGCAUCUGCAAACGGAAACCUUCUACCAUGGGCGACAGUACGACAUCGCCUUCUUCAUCGUCGACGGCGGAUUCGUAUCUCGGGAGCUUCAUAAGCGUGACAUCGAAGAGCGAGAUUCGCUACGAGGGUUUUCUUUACCACCUCAAUCUACAAGACUCCACUCUCGGCCUCAAAGACGGUGAAUCACGGCGUUAA